ACCAUGAGCUGGAGCUUCCUCACCCGUCUGCUGGACGAGAUCUCCAACCACUCCACCUUCGUGGGGAAGAUCUGGCUGACGGUGCUCAUCGUGUUCCGCAUCGUGCUGACGGCGGUCGGCGGUGAAACCAUCUACUACGAUGAGCAGAGUAAGUUCGUGUGCAACACGCAGCAGCCCGGCUGCGAGAACGUUUGCUACGACGCCUUCGCGCCGCUGUCACACGUUCGGUUCUGGAUCUUUCAGGUCAUCAUGAUCACCACCCCCACCAUCAUGUACCUGGGCUUCGCCAUGCACAAGAUCGCCCGCAUGGAGGACAGCGAGUACCGGCCCAGCGGCGCCCAGAGGAAGAGGAGGAUGCCCAUCGUCAGCCGAGGAGCGGUGCGGGACUACGAGGAGGCGGAGGACAACGGGGAGGAGGACCCGAUGAUCGCUGAGGAGAUCGAACCCGACAAACCCGACAAACCAGAGAAAAGCGCCGAGAAGAAGCACGACGGCCGGAGGAGGAUCAGCCGCGACGGCCUGAUGAAGGUCUACAUCUGCCAGCUGCUGUGGCGCUCGUCCUUCGAGGUGGCGUUCCUCUUCGGCCAGUACAUCCUGUACGGCUUCGAGGUCAUCCCGUCCUACGUGUGCACGCGCUCGCCGUGCCCGCACACGGUGGACUGCUUCGUGUCGCGCCCCACGGAGAAGACCAUCUUCCUGCUGGUGAUGUACGUGGUGUCCUUCCUCUGCCUGCUCCUCACGCUCCUGGAGAUCCUCCAUCUUGGGAUCGGAGGGAUCCGCGACACCUUCCGCCGGCGAGCGACCCUCAACCCCCGUGCCUCGCUGCCGCUCUCCCCCGGCUCCCUGCCGACGGCGCCGCCGGGAUACCACGCCACCAUGAAGAAGGAGAAACUAAAAAAAGGGUUGAGGCACUCGCCCAUAGCCGACUCCGGGCGGGAGAGCUUUGGGGACGUGGCGAGCACGUCCCGGGAGCUGGAGCGGCUGAGGAGGCACCUGAAGCUGGCGCACCAGCACCUGGACCUGGCCUACCAGGCGGAGGAGGGCAGCCCGUCCCGCAGCAGCAGCCCGGAGGUCAACGCCCCGGCACAGAGCGCCGCCGAGCAGAACCGCCUCAACUUCGCCCAGGAGAAGCAGGGAGAGGCCAGCGAGAAAGGACUACAUGCCUGAGCCUGCUUCCUGCCUCAGAGUCUGCUCUUCCAUUCCUACUGGCCUUAAACACAUGGGGGAAGCACAUAUGGGAAUGCAGU